GAUAGCCUUUUGCCUCCACAUUCUGUGACCUCUUCUGUACAACUCACACGUAUCACAAGCUAUUCUAAAGAAUAACCAAAUAGUUAAUUCAAAAAUGAAGUCCCUAGUGUUUCUCUCAGUGAUUUUAGCGGCAAUUUUGUAUGGAAAUUCGGAACAUUUGAUAGUGGGAAAUGUUGCUGAUAGAGUGGUUUUGGCUAAUCACACUAAAGUUGAGUACAAUGCGUUUCCGUUCAUGAAAAGAGUGAAGCAGUAUUUCUACUCUGGACCUAAAGUUAUUCAGGGUAUACAAGCGCUAGACCUCCAGCACUCCAAGUCCUCAGUAAACAUCACGGCUGGCGGCGUGGGGAGCACUUUCGUGAACCUCCGCUUCAAGAGUGAGAGAGGGGGAGGCCUGGACUAUGAUGUCGGCAUUUACGUCAAACCUGACUUCCUAUAGAGGCGGUUAAAGAAAACUAGACGAAAAUCGGUUCAGCCGUUUCGAAGCUACGCUAGAAUAGAGGAGACACAAAUACGCAGACAAGUGAAAGUGAUAACACCCCUUUUUUUGAGUCAGCGGUUUAUAAGUUUUGCCAGUGCAGUCUGUGCCAUGGGAGCUCCGAAACGGAUGAACCGAUUUUUGUUGAAUGUAAAGGUGGUUACAUUGAAAGUGAUCCAAUUAUCUAGAAAUGUCUAUGUUUUAGAAAAUUAAUCUGUAAAGUUACUUAUCUAAGUACAUACCCAUCUAUUUACCUACCAGAGUAUACUAAUAUAUUAGCGCGGUAUACCGUGAUGAAACGUACUGCUAUGAUUUCAACCUAUUUUUUUAUACCUACUACAGUUAGUUAGGAAAAUGUUACAAACCAAUCUUAUCUUAACUAAGUAUACUGUUAGGUAUACAUGUAAGUUGUAAGUACUUAUAAGUUAUAAUGUAAAUAAAUUAUUAUUUAAUCAAAUUA